AUGUGGCUCCAGAAGAGCAUAACCCUACCUGACCCGAUCCCGGAAGAAGAGGACAGGGCAGAAGCACCGACACCAGUGCUUGUCCCUGCUAAUGCCGGCACUCUGCCAUCCACCAACACUGAGUCAUCGCCGGAGGAUGCCAUGCCGCUUCCGGCCCCGCCCGCCAUGGAGAAGAAGACCUCCACUGGAGCGGAAAUCGACUUGACGAGGAUGGUGCUCGACACGAGCAGCUUCUUGCGCGCGUCUGCGCAGCGCCCGUCCGUGCGGUACCCGAGUCGGUCGUCUGUCGCCAACUCCGCGUUCAUCUCGGCGCAGGAGUACGACGACCUGCGUGCGCGCUACAGCCAGGCGAAGCGGGAGCUGCUGAAAGUAUCCGACAUUCAGAAGGACCUCGACUUUGCGCGUUUUGAGCUCACACGCUCCCAGGAGGAGAUGAAGCUGCUGCGAGUGAGCAACCAGAACCUCAAGAACGAGGUGGAGGAGUAUGCGCAGCGGGCCGAAAAGGAGCACAAGGCGCGCAUGUCUCUUGAGUCGAAGAUGUCGGCUGAGGGCGCCACUCGCACCGAGGAGGUGGAGUUCUUGACGAAGACCAUCGACGAGCUGCGCGAGGAGAACGCAAAGCGGCUCGAUUACAUGACACAGCAGCAGGAGGGUGAGUUUCAGGCGCGGCUGCAGUCCAUGCGAGAGGAGUUGGCAGGUGCGGCGGAGGAGCUGGCGCGGCUCACCGCGGAGGUGACGCAGGCACAGAAGGCUCGCGAUCUGUCGGAGUCGAAGCUCACCACCGCACUCACGGACUUGGAAAAGUCGCGGACGGAGGUGGGCGAUUGCAAGGUGCGAAUCGACGCCUUGCAAAAGGAGUGUCAUGCACUGGAGCAGCAGCACCGCGACUUUGUGCAGCAGCAGGAGAGACAGAACGCAACGUAUCUGGAGGAGCAAAAGGCUCUCAACGAGGAGCGGGUGCAUCAGGUGGCGCAGUCGAAGAAUUCGGCUAUCGCAGAGAUGCAAGAGGAGCUGCGUCUGUGGAAGGAGAGGACGAAGACGACGGCAGAGGAGCUAGCCGCGGCACGCCACGCGGCAAGCCAGCUCCAGGAGGACGUGAAGCAGUUGACUGCCGAUCGCGCGAAGGAAGUGCGGCGCCUCGCUGAGGAGCAUCGUCUUGCUCUGUGCGAGCUUCAGCUCCAGAUGGAGGCUGCGAUCCGCGAGGCGCGGGGCAGCAAGACCUCCAUCGAGGAGGAGGCGCAGUCGCUACGCCGCCAACUUGCGCAGGUGUCAACUGAGCUCUCAACCGUAGCUGGUGUGCUGGCGCAGCGGGAGCGCCAACUCGCCAAAGCAGAAGAGGAGCUUGCGCGCACCAAGGACCGCUGCGUUGCGGUGGAGCAGGAAAACGCACAGCUGGCGAGCGAUGCGCAACUGAACGCUGAGGCGGCCGAGGAGGCCGCAGAGCGGGUGGAGCGACUGAUGAAGCAGAACAACGACAUCGAGGAGGAGUUUUUGAAAGACCUCCGCGAAGCCAAGGACCGCAUCCGCGCCUUAGAGGCGACGCUCAUGCAAAGCAAAGGCGAGCUCUCGACGAUCCGCAAAGAGCAGAUAAAGUCAGCUGACGACGGCCUCGCCGUCACACGCGACCUUCGGGCACAUGUAGAGGCGCUGAUGGAAGAGUGCACGGCGCUCAAAGCACAGGCAGGGGAGCGCCGCCGCUUUGAGGAAAUGGCGCGCGACUACCGUCAGCGCUUCGAGGCGGAGAGGACGAAGGUAGGCACGCUCGAAACGGAGCUCAGCGCUGCCGUCGACAGAUGCACCGCUGUGGAGGCGAAGCUGGAGGAGCUCUCGCGCCGCGUUAUUUCGCAGGCAGUGUCGCGCUCACCGAUGCAGUCCCUGCACACCAACGCGACAGCCGCGUCGCUCUCCCGCCAUGGCAAGCACCGCAGUCUCUCCUCCGGUCAAUCGUACGGAGCCACCGGCGGCAGUUCUGUGAAACGCGCCCGCACUGAGGACGCACGUGUCUUUGCCAUCAGUGGUUUUGACGGAAACGACGUCCUGCUCGCCGUGAAGCAGCUGCCGAACGUGGCGAUAGCGGAAUGCAAGUCGAACAUGCCGGUGCCUUCCAAUCUCACCCACCUCAUCACGAAUGGCCAGCUCACAAUCAAGCUUCUGACAGCGCUUGUGCGAGGCUGCUGGGUGCUGCCGGAGUCCUAUGUGGUGGAUUCCUUGAAAGAGCAGACGUGGCUGCGUGAGGAGGACUACGGCUUCCAGCACGAGGAGCCGCCGCUGCUGAAGAAGCGCAUUGCCCUAACGGAGGCGUUCAUGUCCUGUAAGCACUACAGCACCGCCAGUCUGUUGCUCAAGGAGGGCGGUGCGAUCCUCGUCGAUGACCCGGCGCAGGCGGACAUUCUUCUGUGCACUAACGCCGAGGCACGCAGCACCAAAAACGGGUGGAACUGGGAAAAGAUGGUGGAGAUGAUCUACCCGCUCAAGAUUCAGUAG